CAAACGCAAUAUACAAGGACCGAUAAACGUUAUUAUGUCCAGUUCAGGUGAGGGUGCUUUGAACAGUACCUCAGAGCCUUUACCUGCCUCUGUCAUUCAAGACGAUGAAGCACAUACUCUACAUUACUCGCAAGCUCUACCCUACGCCUCGCAAUUAGACAGAGAAGCGGAGCUGUGGCUCAGUGAUAUCUGCACUCAACUCGUCGUCAGUGUUCAAGCUCACGAUUUUGCACCGGGCUGUUUAUUUUGGGUGAAGAGUCUUAGCAGUUACCUAGACCUUAAACAUGCUUUACCUCGUGAAACAAGAGCCAACUUGGCAAAACUACUUUAUGAAUUGACUAUCAUACCUGGAAUGGACUCGGCACUUGUUGAGAUAUGGGCCAAUGCAUGUGUCAGAUUAAUCAAGAAAAAGAAGCAUCUAGGACCUCAAGACCUUUCUCUGCCGUGGCGACCAUUGUAUGAAAUGAUCCAUAAAACAUUCUUCCCAAAGUCUCGACAAAGAACUUUGGUGUCGGAAUCAAAACAAAUUGCUUCUAUCCUUCGACUAGCAGAAUAUGCACAACGAUUUUUCCCAUCCGGUGCUUCACAGGAGAUCCUGGAAGAAUUCCUACCGAAAUUCUCAGCACAUUCUGUCAUGGACGCUUUGAUGGCUCAAGGUUACUUGGUGCUGUUUCUUCCCACUUCUAUUCCAAUCGAUUCAAUUACACACCAAAUUUUGGAUAAUAGCAGUGUGGCACCACAUGAUUACUUGCAAACCAUGUUCACCCUAUGGUUCAGCAUCACUAACUCUCCGACUUUCGAUGCGCAAUUCGUGGACUUACUUUCCAGAAUUGCUGAAAACAACGUUAACAGCACAUUUGGAGACAUAGGAUUAUUCAGUAAAUUGCAAGUGAGCCAGGUGUUUGGCGCAGGAUUACGUAUGAUGGACCUUCCCGUAGGCAGCCGUAGCGAUGGUAGUACAGUGGGUGCUGGUGCUGGCGGUGGCACGACCACUGGUUUCAACAGCCAAGGUCUCAAGACGGAUGUUAAGGCUGGAAAUUCUCUGUUUUUGCGAAGGAAGCAUGACAAAUUCAAGAGUUUGGCAAGGUUUAUUAUUUACACCAUCUACCCUGGCCAAGAAACUGAUGACCAAAUCUCAACCAUGUCUCACUUGAAAAAGUUGAUCCAAGCCAUUGAAUCCUAUUACCAUCCUUCAAACCAUGGUCGUUGGUCAUACCAGAUUACCAACUUUGCUCGCCAACUAUCUUCAGAAUUUCUCAAGAGAUGGAGAGAAGAGCAAGAGCCAGAUUGCCCUACUCUACCCCAAUUCCGAUUGACACCUGAACUUCGCAAAGAGUUUGUUUACACCAUUCGUGCUGUUGUAUUUUUGAGUUUAUUCGGAAAGGAUCAGUAUUCUGUCAGUGCUUCUCAGAGUGCUCUCAAGUCUUUAGUUUGGUUGGAGCCUGAGUUGUUGUUCCCUGGCUUGCUCGAAAGAAUUUAUCCAUCAUUGGAAAAUCUCACGGAGACUCAUAGAACUGCCAGUUCAUUGAGUCUACUCUCUCAUAUAGCCCUUCCAUUACUUUCUCGGCAACACUAUCCUGCUGGCGGUAAGCAUUUACUGCCGUUGUUGCACCUAACCAUCCCGGGAAUCGACAUGAAUGACCCUAUGAAAUCCAUUUCAUCGCUCAUGUUUAUCACCACCGCUCUAAUGAAUGUCCCAAUAUUUGACCUCACUGGAAGCUCUAGCAGUGGCAUUACUUAUGAAUCCGAAGAAAUCAACUUUGAGUCAAUGGAUAUCGAUAGUGGAAAUCAGGUCUUCCAUGUUGAUAGAGAAGAGGAUGAUCUGUUGUGCAGAUCUUCAACUGGAGAAUUCGAGGAGUGGCUUUCCAAGUUUUUGAACAGGGUUUUCACUAUAUUUGAGAACUUGCCUCAACAAGACAAUAAGAAAAUGGGUGGUCAUAUGGAAGCCGGUUUGACUCAAAUACUCUUGCAUACUUGCGAGGUCAUCUUCAAUCAAAUAUCCGACGAGUUGUACGAUUUUGGUCUUCGAAUGAUAGUGGACUUUGCUGCACAACAAGUCCUUCCUAAUGCUGUUCGACCUAUGGGCUAUCUUUGCGCUGUAGUCACUUCUCCCCAUCCCGAAAAGGCAUUGAAGAAAUUUAUUCCUCUUUGUCUUGAUAACAUCAGGACAGAACUGGAGCAUGGCGCCUCCGGUCUCGCUACGAACUCUAGUACAUCACAGCAACCACAAUCUGAUUCUACUUUACAUUGGUACCAGAGUAUCCUGUUCCAGGUCUUGACCAUGCCUGGAACCGAGAUUUUAAAGUACAAGAAAGACAUUAUCGACAUCUUGAAGCUGAUGCAGGCUGAAUGCAAGAGUCGCCGCGGUUUCAUGUGGGCUGGUAAACUGUUACGAUUUGUACUGAUGAGCUUGCUGGAGAUCUAUCCCUUGGAAUGCAAGAGUGUACCUCUUGACCGCUGGAAUGAUCCAGAGUUUAUGGCUAACCAACACUUGUAUUGGGGAGCCUUUACUGACACGGCCAACCCAAGUAUUAAAUGGCACACGCCAUCGGAAGAAGAAAAGAAUUUUGCUUUGCAACUCAUCGAUACAUUCUACACACCUUCUGAAAAAAAAUUACGGGAAUUGAUGACGUUAAAUUCGAACAACAGCAAGGAGUCUACCAAUGAAUUCUGUCGACUGCUAUGUGUCGUGCGAAACUGUGUUUUAGGCAGUGCUACUUUGACGGACGACGACGGUUUUGAUAUCGGAAAUGCAGACGAUCAACUUCAAGGCGAAGAGGAUUCAUCCACUAUUCAUCAUAUGAAAACUCUGCAUGCUGGAUACAGCUUUACCGACUCUAAUGACCCACGUACGGAAGUUGCAAGAGCUUUCCGUCGAAGUGUUGGAAACUUGAUCCACGAUAUGUGCGGCUAUUUCAAACAAUCUCGAGAAGACGACGUUGAAAGCAUCAAGAUGAUUGUCAAGAUUGCCAAGUCAUACAUGACCGAUCGUGGUAUCGAAAAGAGCAAAUUCGAUGCUAGCCGUAGAGGAUAUAGCUUUGCCAAAAACAUUUGCAAAACUCCAAAUUGUAACAAACAAUAUCCCAGAUAUUUACUUGUUCGACGAGUGUACAAUCACCACCUCUUGCGUCUGAAGCAAAAUGCUCAUGGGCGUGCGCGCGCUGCUUUGCAUGAUGCCAUAUUUGCUGAUUUGGUAGAGUUGUCGCUCAGCUACUAUGCUGAGAUUAGAAAAAUGGCACAAUCUGCCCUGACCUAUGCUGCCCGAUGCUAUGUGGGAUCCAAACCUCGGAUUGUGCCCACCUUGUUGGAAGCCCUUCAGCCAAGCACAGAAUAUUCAGCCGAGGUCUAUGCCAAUCGUAUCAAGGGUGCAUUGUACUUGCUCAACUCUCGAACCUUGAUGUUGACUUGUCUACGUGAUUGGCGGUUCGUACCCAAAUUCAUGCUCUACCUUUGCAAAACUCAACAUGAGGAUAAGAUCUCCGUACAAGAAUUGGUGCGAAGACUGUUUGUGGACUACGUUUUCAAUUUCAAUAGCACGUCGUUCCGUUUGAUUAUUCCUGAUCAAAUCCAGAAAGCGAUGGAUGAAGUGGCCAGCAUGGGUCUUCGUUCUAUAUCCGACUUCGAGCAACAGAUGCAAAAGGCUAAGGCCAAGGUUGCUGAGAGACUGCAAAACGAAACCAAGGCAUACGGUGAACUUGUGGCUUCGCUUCUGGAGCUUCUCAAAGAUCCCAAAGUCCACUGGCGUUUCGCCAACAUGGCCGCCAACUUUUUAGAGCUGCUAUUGAGGUCAGACACACCUCCUAGCGCCGAGCUUGUCGAAUUUGCGAAUCGUUGUAUUGUCUCGGAACUACCUGCCAUGCGAAAGAUUGGUAUCUCUUCCACUAGUCGAAUCUUGUUGUAUAUCAAGCAACGGACGUUUGCCCAAGGAGAUGAUGAAAUGCUGCUGGUAAAGGAGACGCAAAAUCCAAGAAAACACUUGGUAGACACCCCACAACCUCUCCCUUCAGGGUACACCCGUCAAUUUUUGGAAAAUUCUUGGACCCCCAUCGGCAGCGACUGCGAUCUUGUGGAUAACAUGGUCACUGGUUGGUAUGUGUGGCCCAAAUCGUACGAAGCAUAUUCCUUAGAACCACCGAAUUCUGAGGAGAUAGUGAUCGACCAGGCGUGCCAAGAGGGAUUCGAAGAAUUCAGAAAGGCAUAUACUUCAUCCGACUUCUGGUCCAAGAUCACUGUUUAUAUGUCACAGGAGACCUCUAAGGGUCAAGAAGAUGCUUUUAGUGGCACGAAUGCUCGCCUCUACAAAAGUAUUUUUGGCAUGUUCCUGGAUGAGCCACUGGACGCAGUCAAGCCAGAAAUCGAACGGUUGUGUUCCCAAGCAGAUCAAAAGAAUCAACAAAGAGCAGCUGCUGAGCUUGUAGCAGGUAUCGUCCGAGGCUCAAAACAUUGGCCCCUAGAAAAGACAACAGCUUUGUGGGAUUGGCUGGGACCACUUUUACGCAAGACGUUUGCUGCCAUCACGCCGGAUUCAUUAACCUAUUGGGAAGGCAUGGUGAAAUUCUGUGUGUCUCAACGUGACCCACGUCGCCUGUUACCCCUGGUGGAUGUGAUUCUGUCUGCUGAAUUUGACCCUACCUCCUAUGCUGCUUUCUCCGAAGCGAGAAAACUGUUGUUUGUGCGAGCCCUUUUGACAACCUUAACUUGGCGAGUCUUGCCCAGAUCAUCCGAUCUCCUAGAUGCUUACUUUGAUAACUUGCAUCAUCCUUACAAGCAAGUUCGAGAGGCCCUUGGUGGAAAUAUUAACGAGAUCCUGCAAAUUCAAUGGAUCCCUUCGAUUGGCUCUGUCAAGGAAUUACUGGCCUUCAACCAGUCGGAUAAGUCCAACGCCGCCACCAUACCUAUUUCCAUCGAAGAUCCACAAUUAGAAGAAAAACUCCAAAAGGUGACUGAGAGCUUGGCCAUCUGGCGCCAGGAAAUCGAACCCACAGCUACGGCAGGAUCGACUAAGUAUGCCAAUGCUAGCAAGACGGUUUUAUGCUGGCUGCAUGAAGCAUUAUCGAAUUGGCGGGUGGCCGGAACGUACCCACACGUCUUGCGCCUCCUUCCGGAGCUCUUCCAUAUGCAAGAUAUCAAUGAUGAUCACGAUCUCCAGACCAUGGCGUCGGGUGUUCUCAAUUUGAUUGCACAGACGUCUUACCCACACUCGCUGGUACCCCACAUGGUGGAGGCGUUUGCCCACAUUUUGACGGAAUCCGAUAGCUGGCACAUCCGAAUGAAAGCGCUUCCCAUCCUUCAGGUGUUUUUCUUCAAGCAUUUAUUCUUACUCAAGUCCAGUGAAGUGAUACGCAUUAUGGACGUCAUUACUGAUUUACUGAUGGACACACAAAUAGAAGUACGCCAGCUUGCAUCGGUUACACUGAGUGGUUUGGUGCGAUGUUCUCAACGAGAUGCCAUCCAUGUUUUGAACAAGAAAUACACCGACCUGGUGGUCAGCACCCGUAUACCGAAACGCAUUAGACAAUCUAACGGAGAGAAAGCACCCCUCCCCGAAGGAUUCCAGGAGGCACUCCUCAAGAAGCAUGCUGGUGUACUUGGCCUUUCUUCUCUUGUUGACGCUUUUCCGUACGAAGUACCCAAGUGGAUGCCUGAAGUCCUUGUACAGCUUGCAGGAUGCAUAUCUGAACCAGCGGCUAUUCAGUCGACGGUGCGAAAGACCUUUUCGGAUUUCCGAAGGACCCACACCGACACAUGGCAUGAAGAUAUGCUUCAAUUUGAUGAAGACCAAUUAUCUCUCUUAACUGAUAUGCUGAUUUCACCCUCGUAUUAUGCAUAAGCCCUAAUAUUCUGUUUGCUGAUGUUAAGCUUAAACACAUGUCUUAGUCAGCUUUGCUAUGGUUAUUAAAAUUUGGGAUGUUUCCGUUAAGUCAAAGCCAAAGGCUAAGCAGAGCAGCGUGAUGGUGUCGCUAUUCCAGGCACAGAACAGCCUUUGCUCGCUUCGCCACCGGGAGUCAAAUGAAA